GGAGAGCAGAGAAGCGUUUCCCUCCGGACCCGAGACUGUGACACCCGACACCCGCACAGCCUGGAACCGGAAGCCGAGAGAACCCGCGACCGUUUGAGAACAGAGGCACAGAGAGACACAGAGUUUGUGCAUUUGGGUCAGUCCUAUAAUGGAUAGGUAUGUGCUUCUCGUGGCAUGGGAUCGAAGUGCUGACCCACAUAAGAAUGAAGAGUUCACUGAACGGACAGCAGCUACUGGCAUUUAUGAUUUCCUGAGAAAAAUCAGCAACACCUCUAUAAAUUCCAAUGGGAUCUCGCUUCCAGCUUGUUCAGUAACUGGUGUUCCAGUACAGCAGAAAUGGUUCUUUGCAAUUCAAACAAUCUAUGGCUUUUCACAGUUCUGUAGUUCAGAGUGGGAGGAUAUAGGUUCAACAGCACAAGGAAAUGAUAGUGAAGAACUAUUACCAAAUUCUAUACAAGAUUGUCUGAAUGGCCUCAACAAUUAUGAGGAAGAAGAUGGUGAUAUGAAAGAAUCUACACCUCAAUCUGAAUUAUUUGAAGAGGCUGCAGAGGGUUUACAUCAACUUGCAGACAAACUACCUCCUCCCGGCAGGGGAUUGUUAGAUCUAAUCUUGCUAGUCUCUGGUGGGGGUGUUCCCCGCUUGAAAGACUGGCUCCCUGUUGUUGGAGCUUUUAAACAUCUGAGGGAAUGGCAUUCAGCAGAAAUUGCUAUAGCAACAAAAGAUGGCAAAUGUUGGCAGAAAAUUGCAGAAUACCUGGGUGCAACUGUUGUUGACCCAGAAAAACUUGAGAAGGUGAUCGACCCAAUGGUGAUAUGGAGAGGGACGGUACAGAUCCGAGAGAGAAAGUUUACUUCUGAAGUGAAGUUUCCAGGAUUCUGCUUGAAGGCUGACGUUCAGAAAUCUUGGAGGCAUUUAAUAGACUUUCACACCUUGGUGCCUAAAACAGAUUCCACAGCUUCUGGAACAUCUAAUACAAUGAGAGAGGUUUUCUAUUAUUACAAGCCAGAGAUGAAUUUUGUGCAGUUGUUGGUUCUGUCAGAUCUACCUUCUUACUUUUUUUCUGGAACUGAGUUUGAAUUCACUUUAUCAAGAAACGAUGUCCAAGGGAAAUCUAAGCUUCUGCUGAAUCAACUUUCGUCUCUGCAAGGAAAGGUGGGAGCUCUUUUUAACUUGUCGUGCACAGUGAGCAGUACUCCUGUUCCUUCAGCUAAUCAGUACAGUACACGGAAAUGGAAAGAAUAUAUGGCAAAGAAGCCAAGAUCCAUUGGUGUUCCAGAUGUAGAAAUAAAAGGGGAAGAUUGCAGUUAUUACCUGCUCAUCCAGGGCAACGGUCGAGGUGGCUGCAAAGGAACCCUUAUGCAUUCGGCCAAUCAGAUAAACGGAGCUGCAGCUGUUGCCGUUGUGCAUGCGAUGUUGGAUAAAAGAGCUGGAGAUGGAGAAGGGUUUGACAUUGGAAAUAUACUCGAGGCAAUGCCUUGCUUUACUGGUGAACAACUUGUAAACCGAGAGAAGAAACUGACUCAACUCCAAACGCUUGCAUUAAAGGAAUUUCUGAAAAAUAAGCAGACUGAUAAAAACAAUUCAUCGAUUUCAACCAACGACUUGAAGACAUUAUUAACUCUCGUAAGAGAACAAUACUUUAGCCAAUAUAACAAUAACCUGACAAGUAACACGCUGGGCAACACAGAUCAGAAAGACACAAAACCAGAGGAACUUAAGAAAUAUACUGAGUGCGACAUUUCAGCAAUUAGCCCUUCAAAGUGGCCUGAAAGGAGUGUCUUUCAAAACUAUGAAAACCUUGAAAGAGUCAGACAGAAAAUCAGGACUGGUAUUGUGUCAAGUUCAUCUGAAACACUAUUGGGACUCAAGGAUGUCCAAAGAAUACCUCCAGUUCACCUUGAUGCAAAAGAGCUGCUGAAAUAUUUCACUGCAGAAGGUAUUCCAACUGCUGACCUGCAGCCUCUGCAGAUACAGAGAGGUGAGAAUGAAUUUCCAUUGACCCCACGGAUGACUUUAAACAAACUGAAAAAUUUGCCAUUUGAAAAAGCUGCAGAAUGUCAUUAUCAUGGACUUGAGUAUUGCCUAGACAACAGAAGAGCCCUAGAAAAAGAUAUUGCAUUCGGCAAGCUUCAAUCUCGCCUUAUUCGCUAUGAAACAAACACAACUUGUUCAAGAGAAUGCUCUCCAGUCAUUUAUGGAUUGAGUCCACUGCCAUCUCCUGCUGUGCUGUCAGAGCCUGGAAGUGUGCCGGAUGAUGAGACAUUACAGAGUGAGCAGAAAACUGCUGAUGGAUCAGGACAGAAAAGAAGGUCCAGAGCGCUAGACGGUUUGCAUCCAAGCAAAAGACUCAUCAAAUCUGAGAGCACUGAUUCCCUCAAUUCCCAGUAUUCUCUCUGCAUGUCUCAGGGAAGUGGAAGCAGUGGGCAUCAUUCAGCAGGUGCAUUACGUGAACGUCUAGGGAGGUUGUCAGCCACUACCUCGACCAGUAAACAGUCCAAGAGCCAAGCUCAGAAAGUUGUGACAGAACCAGGACAUAAAAAUGUUAAACAAAAGGAAUCACGGUCUCAGAAACACAUACGGAUGCUAAAAGAAGUGGUGGCAAAAACUCUUGAGGAUAAUGGUGUUUCAGAGGAUCACAAAUGCUUUGAUAUUUGCAGCCAACGCCUGUUUGAAAUUUCCAAGUUGUACCUCAAGGAUUUAAAAAACUCACGUGGUCUACAUGGAGAAAUGAAAAAAGCUGCGAGCAAUAAUGUUCAGCAGGUGAUUGACUGGGUGUUGGAGAAAGUUGACAAGAAGUGAAUGCCAGGAGUCAAGUGGAAACAGUUAAGACCUUGAUGGCAAUGUUUCUAAAAUCACAGUUGGGAUAUCUCUACUGUCUACACUUCAGAGCCUUGAAGUAAUGGGUCAUUAAAUUGUGCAGAGCAGUUUUGUAUACCUCUGUUAACAUAAUUUUGUUGUAAAAGUUUAUUUUGAGAAUUAAUAUACUUAGAUUCCAAUAUAAUCGCAAAGAAAGUGAUUCUAUUUUUGUAUCAAAGCUGUAUGUUUUUAUUUUAUGGGAGUGUUUCAACCUAGUUAAAGGUUAGAAGUUUAUUUCUACAAUGAUUAAAUCAAUUUGAAAGCCAUAUUUGUGCACUACAAAUGCAGUAAUUUGCUUGCUAUUUCAGAUAAUCAUCUGUGCAAAAGUCUGAUUGGAUCAUUUUGAUGUGUAUGAAAUUGAGUUGAAACGGGCUGAUUAAAAGGGUUAUAAAAGUAUCUGAAAAACAAAAAUCCAUUUACUUUGUGAACAGCAAGCACCCUUCAUUAUUUCAUUCCUGAAUGUUUUUAACACAUCAUGUCAAAUUAAAUUAUAGUAUAUUCUUCUUUAGAUGUAUGAACUUAUUCUACAUUUUUAGUUUAUAUUUCAUAUAAUCAUUUUAAUCGUACAACUCAACAAGGAUUCAUUCUUUCUAAAAGACGUUUCAACUCUUGUUCAUGUGAUCUUCACAAACCACAUUCUACAAAGUAUCUAUUUCAGUUGACAUAUAGAAUGUGCCAGCACAUGAUGCAGUGAUUAUACUGAUCCUAUUUUCCUUGUUAUAGAUUAGACAUUGGCAAGCAUUCCUUACUGGUGCUCUGUUGCAGAAGCUACAGCUUAUUGUACAAUUUUAUAUUAAAAAUGUGUAAUGUUAUUAUAGCAUUAGUAAACUCCCCUCUCUGCCCCGCCCCCCCCACCCCCAUUACAGGGAAAUAUGUUUAACAUAUUGGAAUAUAAAUUAAAAUAAUAAAAUAACAAUGUAAAAGUAACAAUUCAAAGCAGUGGAGCUGGAAAGAGAACCAUGCCUCAACAGAAUCGGAUUGACCAUGAACUUGAUAAUACGCAAACGUGAUGGAAAAAUUAUCCUCCAGAGGAAAACCCAGAGUUAACGUUUGCUCUUCCCCCGUAUAGAAGAGAUUGGGUAAUUAACCUUCUUCCCAAUGAAUAACUUCAGAAAUGGUAAUAUCCAGCAGGCCCAACUGUCUGAAAUCCAGGAUGCAGUCUAGCUCAUCUCUGUCAAUUCAUAUCUUCAGAAUCUGAACUGAGCAAUAAAAUUCGGUCCCACUGUGUUAGGGUGGCUUCAAAUAGCUGUCCUGCAGAUGUGAUGCCAUAACAAGUUAUGUGCAUCUCAAUUAAAAGUCAUUUAAAAAUGGACUGGGUCUCUGAUUUCUCCAAAUCCCAUGAGUAUCCCAACAUGUGGUUUGUAAAGUGUAAUAAACUAAGUUUAAUGUAAGCUGCUCAGAAGAACAUCAAAUAUACACAAAGUGAUGCUUUGUUUAAUUAAGUUUAAUGUGUUAUAUGUUUCCUGUCACUUGCUGUUAAAUUGCAAAUGGGUUUUAUUUUUAAAAAAUGUGAACAUUGUGUACAAAAGUUGGAUGGAUUUGCGGGAUGAACUCCUGUAAUGUAGCAAAGGAAUCACAAACAAAAUAAAGUUUAAGAUCAUCUUUU